UCGCCCGGUUCAAGCUAAUCAUUGACAGAGCUUUACAAUCACAAGCUUUUACUGAAGCCGUGAUAAGACGGUCCCGCAGUUCGUGGCAAAUGAAGCCAGGCUGUGCGGCAGGAUCUCCAGGGAAUGAAUGGGUUUCCUUCUGCACCGAUGAAAGAAACAGACGCUGUAGGGAAACGAUGUCCAGCGGACGCCUGCAGAGAUCUGUCAUGCUGUCAGCCUUCAUCCUGCUGCGAGCCGUGACUGGGUUCCCCGGAGACGGAAGAGCUGUAUGGUCGCAAAAUCCUAAUUUGAGUCCGGUAAACGAAAGUCAGCUGUUUCUCUAUGACACUUUCCCAAAAAACUUUUUCUGGGGUGUGGGGACUGGAGCCUUCCAAGUGGAAGGGAGUUGGAAGAAGGAUGGGAAAGGACUCUCUGUAUGGGAUCAUUUCAUCGCUACACACCUGAACGUCAGCAGCCGCGAUGGCUCCAGUGACAGCUACAUCUUUUUGGAGAAAGACUUAUCGGCGCUGGAUUUUUUAGGAGUCUCUUUUUAUCAGUUUUCAAUUUCCUGGCCAAGACUGUUCCCGGAUGGCACAGUAGCAGUCGCCAAUGCAAAAGGUCUCCAGUACUAUAAUCGGCUCCUGGACUCUCUGCUACUUAGAAACAUUGAACCUGUAGUCACUUUAUACCAUUGGGAUCUGCCUUGGGCGCUACAAGAAAAAUACGGGGGGUGGAAAAACGAGACGUUGAUUGAUUUAUUCAAUGACUAUGCCACCUACUGUUUCCAGACGUUUGGGGACCGUGUCAAAUACUGGAUCACCAUUCACAAUCCCUAUCUGGUGGCUUGGCAUGGCUACGGGACAGGUCUGCAUGCUCCGGGAGAGAAGGGGAAUGUGGCAGCUGUCUACACUGUGGGACACAACCUGCUUAAGGCUCAUUCAAAAGUCUGGCACAACUACAACAGGAAUUUCCGUCCGCAUCAGAAAGGCUGGCUGUCGAUCACGCUGGGAUCCCACUGGAUUGAGCCAAACAGAGCGGAAAGCAUCGUGGACAUACUCAAGUGCCAGCAGUCCAUGGUCUCGGUGCUGGGCUGGUUUGCCAACCCGAUCCACGGGGACGGGGACUACCCAGAGGUGAUGACAAAGAAGCUGCUCUCCGUCCUGCCCGCUUUCUCAGAAGCAGAGAAGAACGAGGUACGAGGCACCGCAGACUUCUUUGCCUUUUCGUUUGGACCCAACAACUUCAAGCCCUUAAACACCAUGGCUAAAAUGGGGCAGAAUGUGUCACUCAAUCUAAGACAGGUGCUGAACUGGAUUAAACUGGAAUAUGGCAACCCUCGAAUCCUGAUCGCUGAGAACGGCUGGUUCACAGACAGUUACGUGCAAACAGAAGACACCACAGCCAUCUACAUGAUGAAGAAUUUCCUCAACCAGGUUCUUCAAGCAAUAAGGUUGGAUGGAGUCCGAGUGUUUGGCUACACUGCCUGGUCUCUCCUGGAUGGCUUCGAAUGGCAGGACGCUUACAACACCCGCCGUGGACUGUUUUAUGUGGACUUCAACAGUGAACAGAGAGAAAGAAGGCCCAAGUCCUCGGCGCAUUACUAUAAACAGGUCAUAGGAGAAAACGGCUUCACGCUCAGAGAGGCCACCCCGGAUCUGCAGGGGCAGUUUCCCUGUGACUUCUCCUGGGGCGUCACCGAGUCUGUUCUUAAGCCCGAGUCGGUGGCUUCCUCGCCACAGUUCAGCGACCCUCACCUCUACGUGUGGAACGCCACUGGCAACCGAAUGCUUCACCGGGUGGAAGGGGUGAGGCUGAAAACACGGCCCGCUCAGUGCACAGAUUUCAUCACCAUCAAGAAACAACUCGAGAUGUUGGCAAGAAUGAAAGUCACCCACUUCCGGUUUGCUCUGGACUGGGCCUCGGUCCUUCCCACGGGCAACCUGUCCGAGGUGAACCGACAAGCCCUGAGGUACUACAGGUGUGUGGUCACCGAGGGGCUGAAGCUCAACAUCUCGCCCAUGGUCACCUUGUACUACCCGACCCAUGCCCACCUGGGCCUGCCCGCGCCGCUGCUGCACAGCGGGGGGUGGCUGGACCCAUCCACGGCCAAGGCCUUCCGCGACUACGCAGGGCUGUGCUUCCGGGAGCUGGGGGACCUGGUGAAGCUCUGGAUCACCAUCAACGAGCCCAACCGGCUGAGCGACGUCUACAACCGCACCAGCAACGACACCUACCAGGCCGCCCACAACCUGCUGAUCGCGCACGCGAUCGUGUGGCACCUGUACGACCGCCAGUACCGGCCGUCGCAGCGCGGGGCGCUGUCGCUGUCCCUGCACUCGGACUGGGCCGAGCCCGCCAACCCCUACGUGGCCUCGCACUGGCAGGCGGCCGAGCGCUUCCUGCAGUUCGAGAUCGCGUGGUUCGCCGAGCCCCUGUUCAAGACCGGGGACUACCCGGUGGCCAUGAGGGAGUACAUCGCCUCCAAGACCCGGCGCGGGCUCUCCAGCUCCGUGCUGCCCCGCUUCAGCGACGCCGAGCGGCGGCUGGUCAAGGGCGCCGCCGACUUCUACGCCCUCAACCACUUCACCACCAGGUUCGUGAUGCACGAGCAGCAGAACGGCAGCCGCUACGACUCGGACAGGGACGUGCAGUUCCUGCAGGACAUCACCCGCCUGGCCUCGCCCAGCCGCCUGGCCGUGAUGCCCUGGGGCGAGGGCAAGCUGCUGCGGUGGAUGCGGAACAACUACGGAGACCUGGACGUCUACAUCACGGCCAAUGGCAUCGACGACCAGGCCCUGCAGAACGACCAGCUUCGCCAGUACUACCUAGAGAAGUACGUCCAGGAGGCUCUGAAAGGUGAGCUCGGGGCUCAGCGCUCAGACGCUUCUGUAAACUGAUCCGAUCGAGGAGCCAAGCAGGUUCUUUAGCCACGGGCUCAGCCUGGUGGCACGAAGUCCUGUCAACGGGACUUUGUCCUAAAAACUGGACUUCUGGAAACAACUUUUCAUUUUUUAUUUUUUUUAAACUUAUUUGACAGGUAGAGUUAUAGACAGUGAGAGAGAGAGAGAGAGAGACAGAAAGGUCUUCCUUCCGUUGGUUCACUCCCCAAAUGGCCACAACAGGAACUGUGCCGAUCUGAAGCCAGGAGCCAGGUGCUUCCUCCUGGUCUCCCAUGCAGGUGCAGGGCCCAAGCACUUGGGCCAUCUUCCACUGCCUUCCUGGGCCACAGCAGAGAGCUGGACUGGAAGAAGAGCAACUGGGACUAAAACCCUACGCCCAUAUGGGAUGCCUGCGCCACAGGCGGAAGAUUAACCAAGUGAGCCAGGCACUGGUGGAAACAACUUUUAAUUAUAAAAGUAAUAUUAGCUCAUUAUGGAAAAUGUAGAUGUAUUUAAAAUCACCUGAAGACAAGCACUGUCAGUAUUUUUGGAUGAAUUCCUUCCGGUGUGCUUGCUACCCAUCUUCAAUACAAUUGAGCUCACGGUAUUAGUCUUUUUCCUUUAAAAAAAAAAAAAAAGAGCAGAGAGUGAGCUCCUAACCUGCUGGCUCAUUCUCCAGAUGACCAUCACGGCUGGCUCCCAGGUGCCUGUCAGGAGUGGAGCCAGCGGUGGAGCCAGGAGCUAGAGCUGGGUACUCCAAUGUAGGGCACAGGUGCCUUUCCCACUGUGCCUUUGUGGAUAGCCUUGUUGCUACUAAGAAGCACCUUUGUAUAGAAAUCGUUCAUUUCUGAUUCCUUCAGGAUGAACUGCCAAUAUGGAAUUAGUAGGUCCAAUGUUGUAAGCUGCAGCGUAUCAGUCCUUAUCUCAGCAUCCUUCCUCGUAUUAUUAUUUUUCUAAAGCUUAUUUUUAAAUGUUCAUGAUUCAUUCAAACAGUAAAGUGACCAAUACUUGUUGAGCACUUAAUAUGGACAAAAACUGUUCUAGUCACAGGACUACCUCUGGACAAAAUAAAGAUCGCUGUCCUCACAGGGCUUCUAUUUCCAUAAAGAUCAACAAGAAAGACAUAACAUAUUAGAGGUAAAAAGUUUUAUGAAAAUGGGGCCGGCGCUGUGGCGUAGUCAGUACAGCUGCCGCCUGCAGUGCUGCCAUCUGACAUGGGUGCCGGUUCGACUCCCAGCUGCUUCUUUGCUCUUUGCUAUUGCCUGGAAAGGCAGUAGAAAAUGGACCAAGUGCUUGGGCCCCAGUGGGAGACCAGGAAGAAACUUCUGGCUCCUGGCUUCACAUCGGCCCAACUCCGGCCAUUUGGGGAGUGAAUCAGUGUAUGGAAGACUCUCUCUGCCCCUAUGUAAUUCUGCUAAAAAAAUGUAAGUUCUAUGAAGAAAAACAAAUCAAAGAGGGUGCUGGGGUGGGGUAUGACACAGGGGUUACAACUCUAAAUAGGGUAGACAAGGAGGUGCUCAAAGAUCUGGAGAGGCCAGAGGAUCCAGAGAGAGCAAAUGCAAAACCCUACCGUCAGGGCUGACCUGGUCUGUGUGAGGAGCAGGAAUGGGGUCCAAAUAGCUGGAGGAUAGGAAAUGGGGUGACAAAAGAUGAGGUAAUGAGAUAAGAGGCAGACUGUGCAGGGCUCAGAAGGCCAGUCUAAGAAUUAUGGCUCUUACAGAGACAGGAAGGUACAAAAGGUAAAUCUUCUUAAGAUUUAUUUGAUAGGCAGAACGGGAGAGAAGGGAAGAAGAGAGGGAGAUCAAUCUUUCCAUCCAUGGAGUCCCUCCCCAAACAGCCGCAACAGCCAGGCUGAAGCUGAGAGCUUGAAUCGCCAUCUGGGUUCCACAGGUGGACGGCAGAGGCCUGAGUACUCAAGUCCUCCUCUACUGCUUUCCCAGGCACAUUAGUGGGGAGCUGGACUGGAAGCAGAGCAGCCAGAACUGGAACUGGCGCUCCUAACUGAUGCUGGCGUCACAAGCUGCAGCUUAACCUGCUGUGCCACACCACCUUGGACUGCAAGGUUUCCAAUGCAAAGGUGACAUGACCGAAAUCAGGGCUGGGCCACCUAAAGCCUGCAGAAUCACCUGGUCUGGCAAUGCCAAAGCAACCACAGGUCUAAUUCAAAAUUCAGUCCAUCUAUACCAGGCUAAUUUAUCUUUUAUUUUUUUUUUAUUUUUAUUUUUUUACAGGCAGAGUGGACAGUGAGAGAGAGACAGAGAGAAAGGUCUUCCUUUGCCAUUGGUUCACCCUCCAAUGGCCGCCACGGCCGGUGCACCGCACUGAUCCGAUGGCAGGAGCCAGGUACUUACCCUGGUCUCCCAUGGGUGCAGGGCCCAAGCACUUGGGUCAUCCUCCACUGCACUCUCUGGCCACAGCAGGGAGCUGGCCUGGAAGAGGGGCAACCGGGACAGAAUCCUGCACCCCAACCGGGACUAGAACCCGGUGUGCUGGCGCCGCAAGGCGGAGAAUUAGCCUAGUGAGCCGCGGCGCCGGCCUAAUUUAUCUUUUAAAGAUUCAUUUAUUUGAAAGGCAGAGUUAGAGAUCUUCCAUCUGCUGGUUCACUCCCCAAGUGGCCACAAUGCCAGCUCUGAGACCCAGAUGGAAUUCCAGCAUCUGGCUCCUGCCUUGACCAGCCCUAGCUGUUGUGGCGAUUUGGAGAGUGAACGAACAGAAGAUUCUCUAUGACUGUCUUUCAAAUAAAUAAGGCUGGAUGAAAUCACUCAGAGACCACGCACAGAGAAGUAAGCCUGGAGUAAUUCAAUAUUCAGAAGCAAUAAUGGUUAAGACACCUGUAUCCCAGCACCACGGUUCAAUGCUUGCCUUUGGCUAACGACGCCAGCUUCCUGCUAACACACAGACCCUGGGAGGCAGCAGUAAUGGCUUAGCUGGGUCCCUGCCACUCACUUGGUAGAUCUACAACGAGUUUCAGGCUCCCAACUUCAGCCUUAGCAUUUGGGGAAUGAGCCAGUGGAUCGGAGCUCUUUCUGUCUCUCAAAUUAAAAAUAAUUAAACAGAGACCAGAGAGAUGAGAAGUCAGUAAAAAACUGAAAAGUUCCAGUGCUGUAACACAGCCAGAGACAUGCAAUCAAGGGUUUUUUGUUUUUAUUAAGAUAGCAGAUCUUGGUACUGUUGCCUGUGGCAUCAGCAUCCCAUAUGGGUGCCAGGUGGAGUCCCAGCUGCUUCACUUUCCAUCCAGCUCCCUGCUAAUGCACCUGAGAAAGCAGCUGAGAUGGCACAAGCACUUGGGCAACUGCAUCCGUAUGGGAAACCAGGGAGAAGCUCCUGGCUUCUGAUCGGCCUAGCUCUGGUUGGUGGGGCCAUUUGAGGAAAGACCAGCAGAUGGAAGCGCUCUCUCUGCUUCUAUUUCUUGCCUUUCAAAACAAACAAACAAAAACAAAAAAACAGAUCUUUAUAUCCAAAUGCCUCAGUAGUCAGGAAAAGUUACUGCAUGAGGGAUGAGGGGAAAAUAGGUGAGAGUGAUGUCCUUGAGGUAACACAAGAAAAUGCCAGGUGGGGAGAAGUGACUGUGGGAGAUGGAAGGUGUCCUAGGGCCAACUCAACUUUUCAGUGAAGGAAGCAAUGUCAUCAUCUCAAAGCAAGGAUGACAGACUUAAGUCUAAGGAGAGAAGAAAGGGGUGAAAAUGGUCCCCUAAGAGUAAGAGGAACCAAGUGUGGUUACCAGGGCACGCAAACAAUCUGAGACCCGGAAUCGGCCCUCCCUGUGACCCUUUGAACAAGUGCCAGCACUUUUACCUUCAUGGCUCUGCUUCUUAAAUUUUGCCAUUUUGAACUACAGAUCCUAGUUUUACUUCAAAUAUAUUUACAAACCUAAUUUCUUUACAUAGCUCUUGAAUCACUACCUUUUUUAUGGCAUGGCAUGAAUCUAGCUUGUUUCAAAGAAAACUAAAUUCUUUCUCAAGGACUGUCUACAGUUCAUCUGUGACUAACAAUUUCAUUUCUGGUAUUUUUCAGCAUAUCUGAUAGAUAAAAUAAAAAUCAAAGGCUAUUAUGCAUUCAAA